CCUUAUCCAUUAGGCCACAGGGGCGGUUAGUAAGAUUGGUUUCUUUCUUGAAAUAGUUUUAUACAAGCUAACAGCCAUUUACAAAUUUUGUUGUCAAAGCCAUUUUGUUAAAAAUACUUUUUUAACAAUAUUUAUAACUUCUUAUAGUUAUACACGCCUAUGAAUAUCAUAAAAUAAUAAGGAACUUACAAAACAGCUGUUAUAAGAAAUUUCAAAAUGGCGAUGCGCAUUUUAUAGUACUGUCACCCGUGUAUUAUUUUUUUAUAAAAUGAGAAUGUAUUUUAUUACAAUAAUGAUAGAUUAAGUUUAAAUUAUCAAAUACAUAUUUUAAUAAUGAUGUCAACGAGGUACUUUUCUUUCUUAUCGGGUGUAAUAAUAGCCUCCUUAACAUGGGCUUUCAGUUUGUAUCUUUAUUCAAGAUUGUCCCAAAAUACAGACGUCAUUUAUCCAACAAUAUUAGUGUCAGAUAGUUCUAAAUUAUUAAAUGAAUCUACAUUUGAUCAUAAAGCAUAUAAUGAUCGUGAAUUAAGAUUACGUGAUAAUCUAAUAUUUCACGAUGAAAAGGAGGUAUUGGCAUAUAAAAAUAGUUAUGGUUUAAAAAAAUCUAAUUAUAAGAACAACGAUGCUCUUUUACAACAAUUGCAACCCAUACCAGUAAAACCUGCUGUCACUUUAGGGCAAGGUUUAGAUGAGCUUGGAAUUGUAAGAAAUUAUGAUGAUCAACGAAAACGAAGUGAAGGUUACAAAAAUUAUGCCUUUAAUGUUUUGGUAUCAGAUAAUCUUGGAAUACACAGAGUAUUACUUGAUACAAGACAUAAAUUGUGCCAGACGCAAAACUAUCCUACCAAUUUAUCAUCAGCUAGCAUUGUCAUAUGCUUUUUCAAUGAACAUUAUAUGACACUUUUGAGAUCUCUACAUUCCAUUAUUGAAAGGACUCCUUCUCAUCUUUUACAUGAAAUUAUUUUGGUCAAUGAUUGGAGUGAUGACAAAGCUCUACAUGAAAAAGUUAAAACGUACACUGAUAAUAAUUUUAAUGGUAAAGUGAAGUAUUUUAAAACAGAAAAACGUGAAGGAUUAAUAAGAGCAAGAAUGUAUGGUGCAAGAAAAGCAACUGGAGAUGUUUUGAUCUUUUUGGACAGCCAUAUAGAAGUAAAUGUAAUGUGGAUAGAACCACUUCUUUCACAAAUUGCUUCCUCAAAAACUACUGUAGCAAUGCCAGUAAUUGAUAUUAUCGACCCAGACACAUUUCAAUAUACCAGUAGUCCCUUAGUAAGAGGAGGAUUUAACUGGGGACUGCAUUUUAAAUGGGACAAUUUACCAGUUGGCACACUGAAACAUGAUGAAGAUUUUGUAAAACCCAUAAAAUCACCAACAAUGGCAGGGGGAUUGUUUGCAAUGGAUAGAGAAUAUUUUAUAAAACUUGGAGAAUAUGAUGCUGGCAUGGAUAUCUGGGGUGGUGAAAAUUUAGAAAUAUCAUUUAGAAUUUGGAUGUGUGGUGGGAGCAUUGCAUUGAUUCCUUGUUCAAGAGUUGGCCAUGUAUUUAGGAAACGGAGACCGUAUGGUGGGGAUGACAAACAUGAUAGCAUGUUGAAAAAUUCAUUGCGUGUUGCAUAUGUUUGGUUAGAUGAAUAUAAAGAUUAUUUCUUAAAAAAUGUUGUGAAAAUCGAUUAUGGUGAUGUGACAGAUAGGUUAAAGUUACGCAAUGAAUUGAACUGCAAAAAUUUUUCAUGGUAUUUGAAAGAAGUAUAUCCCGAAUUAACAUUACCGAAUGAUACCAAAAGUAGAAUGAAAGAGAAAUUGGCAAAAUUAGAGCAGAGACAAAUCCAACCCUGGCAUUCUAGAAAGAGAAAUUACAUUGAUGAGUAUCAAAUUAGACUUUCAAACACAACAUUGUGUGUUCAGAGUGAAAAAGAUAUUAAGACCAAGGGUUCUAAACUGAUUUUGUCAACAUGUUUGAGAAUUAAAUCGCAGAUGUGGUAUGAAACAGAUAAGCAAGAGUUAGUCCUUGGCCAAAUACUUUGUAUGGAAGGAGCAGACAAGAUACCAAAGCUUGGGAAAUGUCAUGAGAUGGGUGGUAAUCAAGAAUGGCGACAUAAAAGUGCUAAUGGUACACCCCUGUACAAUAUGGCAGCUGGCACAUGUUUAGGAGCUGUACAGGCUAAGAAAGGAGGUCAAAUUAUUAUGGAUCUAUGUACCAAGCCAAAUAAAACUCUUCUAACAUGGGAUUUGGUACAUUCAAAAAUACCUCAGAAGAAAUUGGACGAUAAAGAAUAAGAAAGUAUGAAUAUGAAACAAAAGAAUGUCACUGUCAGAUUAGUAGACAAAAAGCAAAGCACAUGAAGGAAUUAAAUUAAAAUUUCUAACUUUUGUGAUACAAAGUAUGAUAUUAUAAGAAGAUCAAAAUGUUUAUUUUUUAUUAUUUUAUGUUAUGAGAGAAAGAGGAGAGACAGAUCUGUGUAUAUUUCAGUAAAUGAUUGCAUACUUUAGUAACAAGUAUUUUUUUUAUAUUUUAAACCAUAAAGAACAUCUUGAAAGUUGCUAAACUAAAAUUACAUGAAUUGUUCACAUAAUUCAGGUUGUAAAUAGUUUUUAUGGAGAACACAAUUUAAGAGGCCUCCAACAGAAGCAGUACUAUGUACAAUAUAUUUAGCUAUGUAUUUAUAUUUGUUGUUUUUAUAUUAUUUGUUGUAUACGUAUAUACAUUUCAUUUAUACUUUGUAAAAUAAAUUGACGUUUAAUAAAUUUACUUUCUAAUA